AUGGAUUUUACUAACGGUGAACCGAAAAAUUAUCAAAAUCUAAAGGAAAUAAUUAACCAACUUGAUGUUGGAGUGUUGGUCAACAAUGUUGCUAUGAAUCAUGAGAUUCCGACACCAUUUAUCCUUGAAACUGACGAAUUGAUUCAGAAUAUUGUUGAAGUAAAUAUUUCUGGACUUUUGAAAGUUACAAAAAUCGUAUUGCCAGGCAUGCUAUCCAGAAAUCGGGGUCUUAUUAUUAACGUUGGAUCUUUUUCAGGAAUGGUCGCCACACCAUAUUUAUCGGUCUACUCAGGUUCAAAAGCAUUCAUGAAUACUUGGUCACAAGCAUUGGGGGCGGAACUUAAGUCGAAAGGAAUUGUCGUGGAAAACGUCAAUACUUAUUUCGUGGUUUCUGCAAUGUCAAAAGUGCGAAGACCAUCUUUCUUAAUUCCUUUACCAAGACCUUAUGUCAAAUCCGUGUUAAACAAAAUUGGCGUACCAGGUGGUGCCUCAUGGGUACCGUUUAAUUCCAACACCUAUCCCCCACAUGCUCUCGCCAAUUGGGUGAUCACAAACACAUUUCCGUGGAAUUUCUGGGUAAACCAAGCACUAGGCAUGGAGAUGGUUAAUGAUGGGAUGAAAAUAUUAAAGCUUGACAAGAUGAGAAGUCCAACCUCGUUUUCAUUGGAAUACAUAGCUUCAGGGUCCACAUCCUCUGAAGACUUUAAGGGAUGUUUGCUGACCCACACAUAUCCAUUCAGUCCUAAAGUGACGUCAACUCCACAUGGUAGUGUGUGGAAAUGGGUUUUAGAUCGUUGA